GCAAUCUCUUGUUCAAGCCAUCCUUCAGUUCCCCUCCCUCGACUGGAGCAGUUCUCUGUCCAUCCAUUUUGUGUUCUCUCAUCUCUCUAUUAGCAUUUCGAUUCACCAAUUCCCGAACUUCAACGCACAUACAACUCCUUGCCAUCAACUGCCUUUUCUCUUUGCCAUCCACAAUACUCCAUUAGCCUCUUUGUCCUUCACAGCAACUCUUAAUUUCUUAGUAGAGUUAAAUUUCACAUUCAUCCCUUACUAAACUAAUGGCAUCCAGCUCUCUGCGCGGCUCAUCAAGCUCAACUUGGACACCCAAACAGAACAAAUUAUUCGAGAAGGCCCUGGCCUUAUAUGACAAGGACACCCCCGACCGAUGGCAAAAUGUGGCCAAGGCCGUAGGUGGAAAAUCUGCAGAGGAAGUAAAGAGGCACUAUGAGAUCCUCAUAGAGGAUCUCAAGCAUAUUGAGUCUGGCAAAGUUCCUUUCCCCAAUUACAAGUCUUCGGGGAGUAGCAGCCAGGGCAUCGGUGACGAGGAGCAAAGGCUUUUGGAGUAUCUAAAGCUCCAGUGAAGUCUAAAGACCAUGUACUAAAGUAGAUCAUAUCAGCAGAUCUGUAAAAGAAAGUAGAUGCAGAAGCGUGGAAAAGCUAAACUCUCUGCCGUGAUUCUCCUUUAGUUUCUUUCUCCCUUUUCUUUUUCACUCCAGAAGUCGUUAUAAAUAUAUAAUUGAAAGCUUGAAACAAGGAUGAACCAUCAGCUAGUGGUCUCUCCUUCUUCGUCUAUGUACUGUAAUAAACUAGCAACUUCUCUAAUGCAAGUAUGUAUUCUGCAUUUGUGUCUA